GAGAUGUCAAAUGAGCGUUGGAAAAUUAACAGCGUCUAAAUAUCAUUCAUGAAAGAAAAAGAAAAGAAAAACACAAAAACAAAAAGUUAUGAUGAAGUAUUUGAUGCAAUUUUUGUGUAAUUAUAAUAAAAGAAAAAAGGUUUGUAUGUCAUGAAUCAUGUUGAUGCUAAUCACAAAUGAGAAGAAAUAUUGAGAAUGAAAUUGUUAGUGAAGAAUGAAUAUGAUGCUUUGAUAAUGAUGAUGACAACAACGACGACGACAAUGACGAUGAUGCAUUAGAAUUUGAAUGGAGAGUCUUAACAACCUCUUCUUCAUCCUCUCUCAUGGAAUAUCACCCCAUAAUUCCCAUAUCUCAAGGUUCAAUGUGGAUGAUGAAAUUGAGGCCAAGUGAAACAAUGAAUUCUGAAUCUUAUCCACAACGUCCAGGGGAACCAGAUUGUUCAUAUUACAUCAAAACUGGCCUUUGUAGAUUCGGUUCCACGUGUCGAUUUAACCAUCCUCCUAAUAGAAAGCUGGCUAUUGUGUCUGCAAGAACGAUUGGCGAGUUCCCGGAAAGAAUAGGGCAACCAGAAUGUCAGUACUAUAUGAAGACAGGAACUUGCAAAUUUGGAGUCACAUGCAAAUUUCAUCAUCCUAGAGACCAAGCUGAGAUUUCUGGAAGAGUUGCCUUAAACACUUUAGGCUAUCCACUCCGCCCCAAUGAAGCUGAAUGCAGCUAUUAUUUGAGAACAGGAGAAUGUCAAUUUGGUAACACUUGUAAAUUCCACCAUCCUCAACCAAGUAAUAUGAUGCUUUCAUUAAGGAGUUCUCCUAUUUACCCUACUCUUCAUUCUCCAACUUCAUCCUAUCUUCCUUCAAGUUAUACCCCUUUAAUUAUGCCCGGAUGGAGUGCAUACAGAGGUCAAAUGGGAUCAAUGAUCUCUACACCUCCAGCCAGUCCAUUGCAGAGGGGGAACAUAUUUCCAGAGAGACCAGGUCAGCCCGAAUGCCAAUUCUACAUGAAAACGGGAGAUUGUAAGUUUGGUGCAGGCUGCCGGUUCCAUCACCCGCGUCAAAGACUACUAAUUCCUGCUUCUCCUGACUGUCUCUUGAGUCCCAUGGGCCUUCCUUUACGUCCUGGAGAACCUAUGUGUGUUUUCUAUUCGCGCUACGGCAUAUGCAAAUUUGGACCAAGUUGCAAGUUUAACCACCCAAUGGGAAUUUUUAGCUAUAAUAUAUCUGCAUCUCCUUCCGUUGAUGACGCCACUGACAGACGUCUAUUAGGAUCUUCAUCGGCAACUGCUACAUUACAUGAAGAGUCAAGCUCAUCAAAACCGACGAGGCUUUCAAUAUCAGAGACAAGACAGGUUCCUUCUGACGAUGACGAUGAUGACGUAGACAUUGAUGAAGAUAGAUGAUGUCUUUUGGAUAUGGAUCAUUUGGCUUUUACAAUUUUGUUUAGGGUCAGUGGAAAAAUGAAUAAUCUGUAAAUUGAGUAUUUUUUGGGUGCAGAUUUGAAAUUCAUUUCAAAGCCUCUAAUUUUUCAAUACACUUUGGUGAUGGUUUCUGCUGUGUGUGUAUAGAGUCUGUUUUUCAGCGGCAGUAUCAUCAAAAUUCAACACAUUUGUACUUUUUCAUGUUCUUGUACUUGUACCUUCCUAACAGAAAUUAAAUGUUGACAAUGAUUUAUUAUAUCUGUAUAAA